AUGACUAACAGGCCAAACGUCUGCGCGUUCUGCAAGAGCAACGAUGAGCCGGCCAGCUUCUACAGCAGCCACGUGCUGAAGGAGAGCCAGAACUACAUCGCGUCGCGGCGGCCGGCAGCAGCGGAUGAUGCCACCCACUCAGCCGUCAUCAGCAUCGAGAUCUGCCCCAGCGAAGGCGAGCCGACGUUUCGCACGUUCGACGAGCGCGCCGACUGCCGCGAGCAUAUGCGCGCACACCAGGCCAAGAAGGUCUACUUCUGCCUGCUCUGCCCGCUGGCCGUUCAUGGCGCGCAACGCGCUCGCCACAAGGACGAGGCGCACCGGCUGCGGUUGCCAUGCGCGCACUGUCGGCGCACGUUCCGCCGGCCCGAGGACCUGGCUGCCCACCAGAUGGUGCACACCGACCAGCGGCCGUUCCACUGCAACCGGUCAGUGCCGCCGGCAGCCGUGCGUGCCGGAAAGAGCUUCACCAAGAAGGCGGUGUGGCGGCAGCACCAGAAGACCCACACGCGCCGGCCGCGGCCGCACCAGUGUCCACAGUGUCCGAAGACGUUCCUCUCGGCGCUCAACCUGGCCGCGCACGCACGCCGCCACCGGCGCACCGAGCUCACCUGUUCGCACUGUCCGCUGCUCUUCAAGUCCGAGAAGCGGCUCCGAAAACACGAGAUGAGCCACUCCGGUGAAAAUCUCCAUUCGUGCGCCGUCUGUCAGAAGACGUUCACCAAGAAGUCGAUGCUGGAAGACCACGCGCGCACCCACACCGGGGAGAAGCCGUACAUCUGCGAGCACUGCGGCGUCGGAUUUGCUCAGCGUUCCAACCUGUCAUCUCACAAGAGUGCUGUGCACUUCAACGAGCGGCCCUUCGAGUGCACGGUCUGCAGUAAGACCUUCAAGAGGAAGCAACUGUUGGAGUUCCACCACAAGGCUGUCCAUACCGGCGAGAGGCCGGCGCGCUGCACCGAGUGCGACGCGUCGUUCGUCUCGGAGCAGCAGCUGCGCAGUCACGCCAAGCGACACAGCGCCGACCGGCCGUACCGCUGCGGCGUGUGCGGCCGCGCCUUCGUCAGCCGCGAGCGCUGCAACGCGCACAUGUUCACCCACUCGGACAAGAGGCCGUUCGAGUGUCGGGUGUGCGGCUGCGGCUACAUGCGGCGGCCGCAGCUGCUGGCGCACAUGGCCGAGCUGCGCCACGGCGCCGGGCCCGAUGACUACAUCAUCAACCAGGCCGUCGUGGAGCCGGCGGACGGCCAGGCCGCAGCCGAGGACGGCACCUCCCACCCAGCGGGGCACUCGGAGAAGCGGACACAACAUGCCGACCACUGGCCGUACAGUGCGCUCGGAAUGGAAUGUUUGUGA